AUGCCGUUCCAGUUCCCGCAAACGGGUAAAAAGACCCGGCGCAAAUCUGGGGCCUACCUGACACUUCAAACCGCUAGGUACGCGACGGAGGCCGCAGCAAUCGACGCUCGACACGGCACCUACCUCUUAAAGGACCUCGCAGAACCGGACGGCUACACAAUGGGCCGCAGGUCCCAAAAGCCUCCACUAACCGCCGGCAGAGGCACCCAAGAUAUCGGCGACAUGCUGCAGAGGCCAAUGGCGCCCAAGAUGGCGACCCCGGCGGAGCACACGCCAGCCUCUCCAGACGAGGGGGAACAGCAUGGGACUGGAUUAGAAAUAUCCACCGCUCCCCAAGCCACCGAGUCACUUGCUGGCCAAGACACACAAACCCCGGCUACCAAACAAGAUAUUGCCGACCUCCUGAUGGAAAUGAGGAGAAUGCAUGCAGCAGAUAUCAACCUAAUAAAGACUGAAAUGCAAGCAAUGACCGCACGCACACAGGCCACAGAGGAGGACAUCCUAGAUCUCCAAAGAGAGGUGAGAGAGAUAAAAGACACUUGUUACCAUAUGCAGGCCGCACAGUCCACCCUAAUCACGAGACUGGAUCAAACAGAAGACCGCAACAGACGUGCUAACCUAAAAUUAAGGGGGAUCCCAGACACCGUAGACUCAUCAGAACUACCCCACUACCUCAGACGUCUCAUAGCAACGCUUCUGCCACCCGCUCAGGCAAAAAAAUUGGUAUUGGACGGCUGUUUUAGAAUCAGAAAAGCCAGACAAGCACCAACGGACGCCCCUCAAGAUGUCAUUAUCCGAUGUCACUCUGUGACCGACAAAAUUAAGCUUCUCACGGCGGUCAGAGGGAAGACCCCGCUAACAUUUGAAAACUCUCACGUUACCUUUUACCAAGACCUGACCCGCAACACAUUACUAUGGCGCAGAUCCUUGGCCCCAGUCACAACUCAACUGAGAGAGGCAAAGCUCGAGUAUAAAUGGACAUUCCCAAGGUCCCUGACAGUGACCAAGGGGGGCGCCACGCACAGCCUCUCCUCGCUACAGGAUGCAGAACCUUUCCUGAGGGCACUGGGGAUGCCAGCUCUAACACAAACAAGGGAGAAUCCCACGACGCCACACACUUGGAACCCAGAGACAGUAAUCUCUUUCACUCCUAGGAACACUGAGAGAAGCGGAGCCCUAACCUGAGCUGACCCACUGCGCCAGACCUUCGACCUCCUAUGUGUCCCCCACAGGCGCUGAGGAUGAGCUGUUCUGAACUGCAUUAAUGGUGGCCAGCGACUUUAAUACAUUAACCAGACACCGCCCCCUCGUUAGGGCUUUGCAUGCCGGCUCACCUACUGUUUUACCCUAUGCUUGUUUUUUAUGGUUUUUAUGUUUUGGUGUUUUGUUAUUGGUUUUCAGCACGAUAUUACUACACACACACUCGACAAGUAUAGCUUACGCAAUACCAUAACUGUGACUGACCGCCAUCAGCCGUGACUUACUCGGACAAAGAACACCACAAGCUCCGGGGAGAAUAUACCUUCUCCCACCCCCCCGCGACUUCCUCGGUAAGAAGUCAAAACCUCAAUCCAUUGAUAGACCACAAAGAUUCAACGGGCUCCAUGAGAGAUAACGCUUGCCCCACGCACACACGCUGACAUAAACAGACAUCAUAUAAUUCACUCGCAGAUACGAACAACACUAAGGUCAGCCAUGCGCACACACACGCAAACCCAACACGGAACACAUUAAGGGGUACAAACACGCUGACUACUACCUACGGGCCGACAACCUUCAGAUAUUCACACCCAGAAAUACCACGAUCCCGGAACUCGAGGGGGAAUGACAUACACUGUAAAUACACUCUAUGGAAGCCUUAGUUCCACACUAGUUGACUUGUAAAAUAAAAAUAAGAGGUGCAGAUCUAGCUGACAUUACAACUUGGAACUGACAGACAAAAGUAUGCCUUAAACUAUGUUGUGAAGUCCUGUAACAACCAUCACCCGCAAGGCUGUUGUGGCCAGGCGGGCUGUUUUGUACUCAACAAUGCACACAAAAAUAAAGAAUUAAAAAAAAAAAAAAAAAAUAUGGAAGCAUUCAUGGAGAGUACUGAGCAUUAAAAAAACAUUGAAGCAAAUGAAGAAGUACUUCUUACUAUAUAUUAUUAUUAUUAUUAUUUUUAUGUAGCGCCAACAAAUUCCAUAGUGCUUUACAAUGGGUGGACUAACAAACAUGUAAUUGUAACCAGAGAAGUUGGACACACAGGAAGAGAGGGGCUGAGGGCCCUGCUCAAUAAGCUUACAUGCUAGAGCAGCGGUUCCCAAACUGUGUGCCACGGCACCCAUUUCCCCAGUGCUAUGAUCCUAUGAUGAUAGCACCGGGAACCGUGCCUCUCUCUCCCCGGCCGGCUCUGCAGGACUGGAGGGGAGAUCAGAUAUCUCCCCCUCCGGCCCGCUAGCAGUGUAAUGCGGCAACCGGCAGGGGAGGGAGAUUGGACCUGGGGGAGCUCUAACCUGCAGUUCCGCCGGGUUCUCCUCUCAUGAGCUCGGAGCUCCUGAGGCUGCCACUCUCAUCACUGGGACCACCAGAGCUUCCCCACUGGACCACAGGUGAUUGCAGGAAAUGUCCCCCUUCCCAGGCAAAGGUAAAAAAUAUAUAAAGGCAUAUAAAAAAAAUAUUUUUAAUUUAAAAAAAUAUAUAUAUUUAUGGUUUUGUCCUCCCACACCACACAAUAACAACCCCCAUACACACACUGCUCCCCCCCACACAAACACAUUACCCCCCAUACACACACUGCCCCGCCAUACACACAAUUGCCCCUCCCACACACACAAUUGCCCCCCCAUACACACACAUUGCCUCCUAUACACACACACUGCCCCUCCAUGCACACAAACUGUACCCCUCAAACACUGCCCCACACACAUUGUACCCCUCACACACUGUCCCACACACAUUGUACCCCUCACACAACCUGCCCAACACACACACUGUACCCCUCACAAACACACUGUACCCCUCAUACAACCUGCCCCCAAACACACACUGCCUCCCCCCCCACACACAAGCUGCCCCACACACACACUGCACCCCUCACACACUGCACCGCUCACACACAUAUUGUACUCCUCACACAAACUACUGCCCCAUCCCCUUCUACAGCCCCUAUCCCAGCAGAUCCCAGGUAAGUUGUCAAACUGUUCUUAAACAGUUUUACUACUUACUCUGGGAGGGCACUACAGCACUAGUGGCACCAUAACCACUACAAAGUGCUGUAGUGGUUAUUGUGCCUGGAUUGUUUCAUUAAAUAAUCUAUCAGUGCUCCUCCCAAGAUUUGGUUCUGGAUCUGCGAUGGUUCGGCAAGCAUUUCUGCCGAACAGGGGCCCAGUAUAUGCCGCUGCUCUGUGCAUAUAUCCAACCUAGACAUUUUUUAACCUGGGUAGCCUUGGAAAAAAAUCAAAUAUUAAGGGUGCCUUGAUACUAAAAAGUUUGGGAACCACUGUGCUAGAGGGAGUGAGGUAAAGUGACACAAAAGGUAAGGGUAGGAGUAGAGUAUGUAACUAUGUAGAGUGGUAUUUAUUAUUCACUGAAGACAGUGUUUUUUUGUUUUGUUUUAUGACAGUAGUUGCAGGAGAGGAAUCAGUUUGAAGCCAUUAACAGUUUAAUUGAUACGCCUUUGUGAAAAAGUGAGUUUUUAAAGAUGUUUUGAAGGAGUGGGGACUGGGUGAGCGUCUAACGGAAAAGUGAAAUAAGUUCCACAUCCAUUUUAUAGAAUGACACCCCACCAGGGGUAGUCUGACCCAUGAUCAGAGAGAUCCAGCCUCUAAUGAGCUCUGGGUAAAAUAUAAUCUUUCUAUGUAUGUUGAAUGUAUGUAAUGUUGUAUACAUGUAUUUUAAUUGUUCAUAUUUUGGAAUUUGACUAUUAACACCCCCACCACUACAUCCUGUUCCAUGCACAAAACUGUGACUGCAGUAGAGGGAUCUAUUCUUUAAAAGAAAAUUAAUGAACACUUAGGAAUAUCUUAAUACUCUAAAUACGUAUUCCUAAUACUAUAGUGUCCAUACAUGCUUUCAGCCACCCUCUGGUGUGAAUUAAAAUUAAAAAAAAAAGAUUUUACUCACCUUUUUUGAGUGCCGGUGCUGCUCACCUCUCCACCUCUAGCAACAUUAAUGAGGAUGGUCCCAUCCAAUGCUCCUAAUAGAGGUAAGUCUUGCACGCAUUCAACCUUCCCCAUACUGAAUAAAUGCUUUCCUAUGGGGGGGCUUCUGCGUCACGUGACCGGGUUUUACUGUUAGUGCAGUAGAAGCUGUUUUGAAGUGGUCAUGGUGCUUGGAGUCUGUUUGUGCAGCGUUUAAGUAAGAAAUAUUUAGACUAGCUGCUUAAGGGUGUUUGGUUGGCUGUGAGCAUACAGCUGAUGCUCUCAGCCAAUGAAUGACUGACAGAACCAGCAUCUGGCUUCAGCAGCUCUGCAGUCACCUGACACUUGAGGAGGAUAAUCACCUGGCGGGACCCAUAUAAAAGCCAAGCAAUUGCAAAACCGUUUACCUUAUAACCGAGGAAUGGUUAUAUGUGGUCUGCAACAAUCUCUAGGUAGGUGGUGCGUGACAAAAUAACAUGCACAUGAAUGCCAGAACCCAAGGUUUCCCAGCAGAACAUUGCCUAGCGCAUAACGCUGCCUCAACUGGCCUGCUUUCUUCUCAUGUGCAUCCUACUGCCAUCUCUUCCCCAGGUACACAGCACACGUGCACCUGGCCAUCCACCUGAUCUAAAAGAAAAUGUGAUUCAUCAGAGCAGGCAAUCUUAUUCCAUUGGUCCAUGGUCUAAUUCUGAUGCUCAUGUCCCCAUUUUGGCAGUAGACAGGGGUCAUCAUGGGCACCCUGACCGAUAUGAAGCUCCAUGCACAGCAAACUGUGAUGCACUGUGUGCUCUGACACUUUUCUAUUAUGGCCAGAUUCCAGUUUUUCAGCAACCUGAUAUACAGUAGCUCUUUUGUGUGAUUUGGGUUAGAAUAGCUAACCAUUUCUCCCAAGGUGCAUCAAUGAGUUUUGGGCACCCAUGACCCUGUUGUCGGUUCACUGGUUGUCCUUCCUCGCAACAGUUUUGAUAGGUACUAACCACUGCAUACUGGGAACACCCCACUAGACUUGCUGUUUUAGAGAUGCUCUGACCCCAUUGUCAAAACCUUUUUUGGCUCUUGUUAAAGUAAUUCAGAUCUUUUUGCUUGCCCAUUUUCCCUUCUUCCAACACAUGAAAUUCAAGAACUGGCUGUUGAUUUGCUUCCCAAUAUAUCCCACCCCAUGACAGGUUCCAGUGUAACAAUAUAAUCAAUGUUAUCCACUUCACCUGUCAGUGAUUUAAUCAUGUGGCUAAUCAGUAUAUAGUGCUGUUACAUGUUCCAAUCUGGGAUUUGGGUUAAUUUUCAGGGGAGAGGGGCAGGUGGGGGGAAGGGGGGGUAGUGAAUCUGAUCAUGUAUUUGCUACACCAAAUUCCACCACUUUGAUUUUUUUCAUGAAUAUGUAGAUAUCACAGUCUGCCUGUUUCUAUCAAACAUAGGUUUAUGUAAAAUAUAGGGGGAUUUAAAGUCCCAUAAAACAAGCAUGAGUCACACACAGACUUGCCUUGUUUUGCCAUGAAAAUGUUAUUCCCACGCUGCAGCCCUAUAAUCCCCCAGGCACAAUCCAAAUUACAGCGUUUUAUCUGAUAAGGACAAAUAAAAUCCUGUCCUGGCGCAUUACUUGCCUAGGAGUGGCUGUUGCAUGGUCCCUUCCCUGUCACUGAAUUCUUUUAGAACUUCCUGAACGAGACUUGUCUAUUUAUAUCUCUCACCCAUUCCAAAAGUUAUUAUCAAAUAUAAUGAGUGUAGGCUCAGUCAGGGUAAACAUAAAACACAAAAAUGUACCGUAAGCAUUACAUGCACUCACAUCUACAGCUUUCAAGCUACAGUACCUAUUACACUGUCUAUUAACCCCUUAAGGACCAAACUUCUGGAAUAAAAGGGAAUCAUGACAUGUCACACAUGUCAUGUGUCCUUAAGGGGUUAAAUAUUUUAGCUAAUGAUGCAAGUGCCAAUUUAACAAUCCCAGGCAAGACUUUCUCCAGCAAAUAAUUUUAUUCAUUAUAUUACUAUGAUAUAAUUAAUAACAAUUUUAAUUGCUUGCGUGAGAAAUAUAUUGUUCCAAGAAAAUGUUUGUAAUUUUUUUUAAUCACAGGUAUACUAUGUUAAUUAUUUUUAAAUGUUUUUUUAUUAUGGAUAAAUUUCUUUCCAUAACAUUAAGAAUAAUAUAAUAUGAAUAUAUAUGUAAAUAACAUAAUUUUUUUAAAAAUCCAGAAACACAAAAAAAAACAACAAAUAACCAGGGAAUACAAUUUACGCAUAUGAUUCGAUACAAUUUGUAAUAAUUAAUGUUUUUUCAAAAAACUAUAGUCAGUAUUAACAAAAAAUAAAUAAAUAAUUAAAGAUGCCAAAUAUUUUACAUGCAACAUGGCGCUUAAAAUAAGAUCAUAUAAAUAACUUUAUCUGGUCAGGUGAAGUUAUACGUUAUAAUUUAUAUCAAUUCUUGACGUCCCGUUCGCAGAUUUUAAUAUAUUAAUUAAAAUCUCUAAUUAAAAAAAAAUGUUUACAACACAGGCAAAUUAUGUUUGGAAUCUGAGAAGUAGAAAAACAUCUAAUAUUAAUAAUCUGUUUUAAUAAUCAAUUUUUACUGUCAUGAUUUUUUGCAAAGGGGUUUAAAGUACUUUAGCAUUACUACUUCACAAUGUGUUUUAAAUCGAGCCUCAAACUAAGUUUACCAAUGAUCCGUAUUGGGAGGCACUUGAAGUGAUAUUAAAAACACGCUUUUUAUACUAUACUUAUAAUCCAAAACUUAAGGACCACUUUACUGGUCCACUGGUAAUGCCAUGUCAGGAUUUCAAUGGUUCUCAAAUCCUAACUGUUCCUCUUCAAAUUUAUCACUGAUUUCAUUGUUAGAGCUGUAAGAACCAUUUUGCUAUGUGCAUAACUUUACCAGUCUUUUUUGAGCACACUUAUUUUUACUAAAGCCUUUAUUACUGCAUCACUACACUGCUAAUUAAAGCAACAAUUCAAGUUCCAUAAUCGCUACAGGUCAUUGUAGUGGUUCUGGUACCAUUAAGCUUUUCUUGCAAACUUACCUGACAAUUCCCUUAAUUUGUUUUGCUGGCUGUUGACCUGUAACUAGAUUUGUACCUUAAAUUUUAAAGAGCAUUUAAGAAAAUAAUGACUUGUUCCUGUGAUUACGGUCUUGUUUUUUUUUUUUUUCAUUUUGAGCCAAAAGUGGGUACUCUCUGAAGUGGUUAUUUUGCAGAGAACAAAGAAGUCGAUUUGCAAGAAUUCCAGUUUUGUUUUAGAUAAAUGCAUGUUUUUAAUAGUCAAAUUGAAAGAUGUAAUACAUGAGUAUGAGGUUUUAUCACGUAUGGGGUUAGUGUAUAUUUUGUAUCUGUUUUCAAAAUAUGAAUUUGUGCAUGGGGAUAGCUUUCACUUUUAGAGGAGAGGUUUUAAAAAAAAAACACAUUUACAAAUCUUACGGAAAUCAAUUUCAUGCCAUUAAAUGUGUUGUUGAAGUGAUACAUUUUUUAAUAAUGAAGAAAAUGUAGUUCAGAAAUAAAUAGCAGUUUGACAAAGUUCGGUGUGUGGAUCGGAACGCUGCUGUGUUUGCUGUGUUUCUCCAAUAAAACAUCUGUUUGAAAAAAGACCCUAAGUGCCUGGACUACAUUGUCUUCACUUUAUGGAAUGGGUGUUUGCCAGCCCUAGGUCCAGUGCACUGAGGUCUACAAGUGAAGAGCGUGUGGAUCCCUCCAUUGCUUACAUUUUUAACAAGAAAUUUUUGUCAAAAACGAAUUACCCCUUAUCUAUGUUUAUAUCUAAUAUUCUGUUGAAAAUCAAUAAGGCCCAUUUACAAAGAAAAAAAAAAUACAUUUUGAACCAAGAGAAGGAUAGUUUAAAACACAUUCCACAUUCAGAGCAACACUAUUGUUCUACGUAUACAAUUCUUAACUUUUAUUUUAGUUGGUAUGUACCAGCCAACAUCCAGUGCCGCUUACUCAAAAGUUUCCAGAUUUAGAUCCAUACACAUUCUGGGCAAGUCUUGCAUGUCUUUUAAAAAAAAGCUUUUUCUGCCUUGAACACUCUGCAUGGAGCCCUCCAUUGAAACCUUUUGCCACGGUUUUACUUUUUUAUGAAGGUUUUGUGCAAUUUGAGUUUUUUUUGUUUGUUUUAAUAAGUCGUCUCGGUAUGUGAUGGGAAUUAUUUUUGAUAAAUUAAGGAAGAUUGAAGAAAAGAACAUUUUAAAUCAUGACAUGGACAAGGAUAAUAUGUUUCAUUUGUUUUUUAUUGCAGGUUUUAUUUAUAUAUUUUAGAUUAGUGCCACCCUAAAUAUUAAUUAGUAUUAGUGGUAGGUAGGGACAUAACAGGGUUUGGGAGAGGAGCUUGAGGGCCACAGCAUGCACAGACAGAUCCAACAAGAAUGUUCAGGAUUUAGUGGAGGUAUGGGUUUACAAAACUUCAUACAUAUUUAGGGACUAAUGCGGCCAAUGCUCUUAAGUUUAAUUUGGUUCAUGGAUGCCCUCUGUGGAUUGAGAUGGAGGCUACGAAGAUUUUUCCUCAUUUAAUAACUGAAGUGCUGUGGUUGAUUCCUUCUCGACGGCCAUGGGUGGCGAACAUGUUUCCAACUACCAAAGCCACCAUUAAGGCUUUGGAAGCUGUAUACAAGAAGAUUAACCCUUCUGCUUUCUGGUCAAGGGCUUGUCGGUGUUGUCAUCUGCAUUUCCUGACCUGGACGUGGAAUAUUGGCUUUCCCAUUCUGUCAUACAUAUUAAUGAUUUAUUUUUGUCUAAUAAUUUUUUUCUCUUUUGACCAAUUAAAGGCCAAAGUUGGUCUGGACGGCUCUGAUGCCCUCAUGCACAGACGGAUGGGGGCAGCAGUUAGUGAUCAUUUUAAUGUUUCUGAUCAAGAUCUAGAAGUGCGUAAAGUUGAAAUCACACCAUUGGAAAAGAUUUGUCCCUCAGAUCCUGGUCAGAGGCGCACCAUCUCGAUGUGCCAUGCUUAUUGUGAUGGGAACUUGGUCCUAAAUUAG